UGACAAGCGUACUCAUUGACUUCAAAAUACGAAGCUUUGAGAUUAAAAAUUUAAAAUAAAAUAAGGAUUCGCGAAGAAUUAUUCAAUUAGUUGUGAUCUUUUUAUGUUUUACCUGUGAUUUAAUUCCUAAGUUAUUAAAUUUUUGUAAUAAUGGAUGAAAUAUAUACUGAUUUAGACAAUUAUAAUGAUGUGAAUCUUGUAGAAGAGCUAAAAUCUGAGAACAAGGAUUUAAAGUUUAAACUUGAAGAAUAUUCUAGUGCUUUACAUCGCCUACAAAAAAAUAUUUUGCAGGACUUUGACAAACUCAGCGGGGAGUUUAAGAAUUUGGAGAGAAAUUAUUCAUCUCUAUUGAAGACAGCUAGAGCAGAAAUUGAAAGAAAAACUGAGACUAUUAAAAAUUUGAAUUUAGAAAAAGACCAGCUUGUAAUUAAAUCUCUGCAAAAGGGUAAGAAUAUACUACAGAACCGACGCAGCAAUUUUAAGGAUGUUCAUCAAAAUAAAAACUAUGAAGUUAAACAAAAUGAUAAAGAGUCAGCUGGAAAACUAGACAACCUAUCUCAAUAUAAAACCCAAACCUCAGUGGAUGUUGUGGCCAGUUUUGUAUCUGAAAAUAAAUCAAAUCAUACUGAAAAUAUAACAUCAAAAAUACCAAAUAAUAAAUUAUCAUCAGAAGAAAAUAAAGAGAGAGAUAGAAAAAAUAAGACACAUCGAAAUGAAAAUGCCCAUCAGUCAGAAACCAUUAAGAAAAUUAUUGACAGAAGAAAAUCUACUAACUUUCCGGAAUGUGAACCGACAUUCAGUUCCGAUGAAGAUUCAAGAAAGACUAUUACAGAACAACAGCAGAAUUCUUCUCAUAAAGAUGCUUGGCAAAAUGAAAAACGCCAUGACCAGCAAGAUCAUUUGAAUCCACUGCCAUAUGAGCAUUAUCACCAGCCACUUCAACCUUCAUACAGAAAUAGGAGUAGUAGGUACAAUGAGUACGAUAGACAAAGGACUCAUGACCACUAUGACACAUAUGACAAGCCACGAAGAUAUUACAGCCCAGACAACCAUUACAGAUAUGGUAAGGACACAUCUGAUAAUUACAAUCAGAGAGAAAAUAAAAGAGACAGGAGAUACGAAAGAAGUCCUGUCACAGAUAGAUACAAUCGUGCUAAAAGUAGAGACAGGAGGAACAACUUUGAAAGGGAAAAUUACUAUGAUCAUGGCAAAAAGACCCAUCACACUAGUGACCUUCCUGCGAAGAGACCUUAUGAACUCGAAGAACCGAGUAGCAAGCGGUUAAAAAUAGACUCUUAUACAAGACAUACUAAUAUUGACAAAGAAAAAGAAUUUGUUGAAAGACAUACAUACACUAACGCUCAGGGACUUCAAGAUCCAUCUACAUGCCAGUCACCUGACUAUACACACAUUGAUUCAAAUGUACAUCAUUCGGUUAAAGAAAUUAUUCAUACAGCUCUAACUCCUCUUCAAGAUCCUAGACUUUUAAGUAAUAAGUAUAUUUUAAAAUCAAAUAGUGAAAAGCCAAUCCUUAUGACAGUUGCUGGGAGUAAUGUUGACAUAGUACCAAUUACUUCUUGGGGAGCGGAUAGAAGUUCUAAGGCAACUAAACCAAACGAUGCAAAGUUACCGUCGGAUAAGGGUAUACGAAAUUCGGGACAAAAUUUAUCGACAGAAUCAGGCGAAAUUCAUAGUGUAAAUGAAGAUCAACCUAUUGAAAUUUUCCCAAAUAUUACUGAAUUAAAGAGCGACAUUUCUAAGAACAGCAGUGGCAUUGUUGAUACAAACCAACAGACAGCCUCAAGAGAUGUUGGAAAGUCUAUAAACCUCUACAAGAUUCCACGUCUGAAAAAAACUGGUGACUCCAAAAAGACUAAUAACUUAAAAGAAAAGAGUGAUGAACCUAAAAAGUUAGAAGAAUUGGGAAAAGAUUUCAGAGUCAUAGUGGAAGGUAAACAUUUAAGUGAGAAGAGCCCUGAGAAUAUAAUCGAUACUGCCAAAAAUAAAACGACCUCCGCUAAAACAAGAGGUGAUAAAUCAAAAUCAAUUUUACAAAAGCUAAUUGACGAAACUGAGUUGAGUGACGUCCCUGGAAACAUUAAUAUCCCAGAAACUAAACUGGUUAAUAUUAGCACUAUCGAAGGAGAUUUAGAGUUAAGUGACGAAACAAGUGAUAACAUGGACUUAAUAACGGAAGACUCGAUGAAAAAUGAGGCGAGGGAAGGGAUAUCUCACGGAGUAAACAAUAAACAAAUACAGUUAAGUUUAGAUAAAGAGACUUCAAACAAAGCGGAUGAUAAAGUGAAAAGAUCUAAGGAUUCGAGGAAGUCGUCACACUCAAGAAGGGAUUCUGUUAAAGAAAAGGUACGGGAAACUUCAAAAAGACGUAGAACUAAAAAACAAAGCGAUCUAGAAGAAUGCAAUGUUUUGAAAGAUAAAUCCCCUCCAACAAAAGAAAACAUAGAAUUGGAAGAUAAGCCAAAUAUAUUCAGCCAGACAAAAAAUAAAUUCACCGACCUGUUUGGUGACAGCAACAGUUUGAUAACGCCGGAUGACCUAGGGCUGCCUGUCGUCUCUCCCCUCAACACCGGCAAAUUUGAUUCGAUGUUUGAAAAUACACAGGAUGCGGUGGACCUGAGCGACGAGCAAGUAAGGACGGUGAAGGCCCUUAAAGACAUCGAUAACACAGAGGAUGCUGAGACAAGUAAAGAAGCGUUAAUACAAGAUGCUGUUAGUAAUACUGAGAGCAAGAAGAGCAAUGACAACAGACAUAACGGUAAUAAACCUGCCAGCAUUAGUAAAGAAGAAGACAAUCCUUCAGCGCUAAUCUAUGGAAAUGUUAAAGCUGACAACGCCUCUGACGUUAUUAAAACAAUCAUAAUAUCUACUGGGACACAACCUCAAUGUGUUUCUCGGGACACAGAAUUCCCGAGGGGUGAUAAUGUUCAAAAGCAAUUUGACUUCCAAAAGGGUACAUUUAGUACAGCAAUCGCUACAUCGACUCCCUACAAACUAGACAGCUCUCAGAUAUCCCCGGCCGUGGACUCCACAUUAAUGCCGAGACAAUUUACGAAUAAUAAACUAGACCAAAAUGACUUGACCUCUCACACCACCGUCGGUUCAAAUACAAAUGAAAAUAAAAUCAAAAAUGAUUCUGAUGUACCAGACGUCAGAAUAUUCGUGAAGAGAAGAAAGAAAGUCACCAAAAAACCCGCUUAGACUAAAAAUUACAUAGAAAUUUGUAAAUAUGCGAUAUAUCAUUCACUUAAAAAUUUAUUAAGUGACAAUGUUUCCUGUGUAGUCAUCGUUGUACAGGAUAGGAAUGAUUUUCUUUUACAUAAAUUGAAUAAGAAGUAAUUUUAAGGAGAACCUAGUGUUCAUGUUUUUAUUAAUGGAUUUAUGAUAUCUUAGUGUGGAAUAAAAUGCGAUAGCAGACUGAGUAGUCUUAAUAAAACAUUUAAAUAAACAUAUAA